UUUAAGCUCAGAAGUUAUAUACCCACUUCAGUUCUAAACUUGUUUGGCAACGUGCGAAACGUCUUUUUCUUGGUAAAAAUGAAAUCAACUUAUUUUAUUUUAUUGAUUUUGGCUCUUGCUGCGAAUUCCUAUGCUGUAAAUUUUUACUGCCCACCGUCUGAAACUAUGUGCUCUGCAAAUCGAAGAGCUUAUUCAGUGUGCCCUGUUUCGGGAUACAUAUCUAGUAUUAGUAUCAGUGCAGAACUCACAUGUGCAGCCGACUCGUACUGCUUCGAGGGUUUCAAGGGACCCAGAGGGCCUUGCAUCCCGAUUCUAUGCAUGGCACCGACAAAUGGUCCAGUUUCAAUUCCACAAGUUCCAAAGUUUUACUAUACAUGCCAAAAUAAUACUGCACUCACGUUGACCAUCUCUAAAUGUCCCGAUGGAAACCUGUUCAACUCCAACAAGCAAAUUUGCGAGGCACCGGCGUCAUUGACUGGUUGCAGCGAUGCAGCUACAACUGUCGUCCCUUCUACGGUCACUACUACUAGCAGGCCUAUAACGACCACCGCGAACAUUCCUCUCAAUACAAACCAUCCUACUGCACCAGUCACCACUUCUACUACCACUACCGCACCAGAGAAACCACGAAAACCUGGUUUUGAGGAUCUUGUUAUUAGUGAUGAGGAUCGUGUAUUUUCUUCCAAAUUCUCAAAUAAGUUCUUUAAAUUUAUUUUCCUGUAAUUAACAUUUUAAUCAUUGUUCACACGCCAAAUAUAGUAUUAUAUGGACUGAAAAGAAAUAAACAUGAAAUUAAUAGAAUUAUAAAAAAAAACUCAAUUAUUAGCACUAUUUAAAAAAGGCGAUAUCGUCCAUGCAUCGCAAACGUUGGGGAAAAGGAAUAAAAAAAUUAUUAUGUUGAAAGCAAUCUUUUGUGUGAAGUCUCAAAAAUUUUGUGAUACGAGGACGACAUCAGAUAUAUAAAUAAUUAAAAAAAUUUGCGUUAAAUAUGAAAGCUAACAUGUGGAAAGAAAUAAAGAAAAACAAAAUACCAAUCCAAAAUGUCACAAAGUGAGGAGUUGGAAACACCUCUCGCAAACAAUUCGCUAUGAAACGAGGGCUUCAAGAGAAGUCUGCGCCAAGAUAUGGGGUCUUAAAUGAAUAUAAUAUAAAUGAAGAUAAAGUAAUUAGAAAAUACGCCACCAAAAAAAAAUAAUGUAACGGAGCUUUUGCCAUAUGCGAUCUUAAAAUAAAGAGUACUUGACCCAAAAAGAUAUAUUUGUUAUACUUUCUUCAUUACUGUUUUUAUCUCAAAAGUAAUAAAAUAGCGUAUGUAUGCCCUAAAUUAGAAGUCACAGUCUGCUUGAAAAAAUAUAUAGGUGGUAUCAUUAACCUUGUAUUAGACGUCCUUUCAUACCUG